AGAGAGCAGUUUGUUUCUGCCUAUGGUUUGAACAACCAAACCUCUCUCAUCAGCUUCAUCACAGCCAACAUUCCAUUAAUUGUGCUGACAUCACCUUAUUUACAGCCUUCUGUCCAAGAAAGGGAGUUAUGUUAGGGUCAAAUGAUGAGAUAAGGGGCUGGAGGGAAAGCCUCCUCUGUAAGAAACAUCCCCGUCCAUCUGAUGUCCACGUUUCUGUGGGCCUGGGGGAUGUACCCUGACAUCUGAGGGAGGAUGCACACGGACCCUCCUAAGGAAUCCCAUGUCCAGCUGACCGAGACCACAAAUCCCAUACACAAAAUCCACCUUCAGCAAAUCUCACUGGAGAUUGAGGAAUGCUGCAGUAUUCAGAAUCAGGGUAUAGGAGGUUCAGCCCUACUGGUUAAAACACAAGGUCAAAUACAAAAACCACCCUUCCCUCUGUAACUUCUCUUUGUGUAAACGUUUGCCAUGAGAAAUAUUAACAAAUAUGGACUUUCAUCAGAAAAGGAGAAGUGUAGUUCUAGAUGUCAAAACCAGAGAUUUCUGACCACAUACCUGAUCAUUACUAAUAGCACAACCUACCCAAACCAAAGCCAUUGGUGAAACACAAAUUACUUUCCAUCUGCAAGGAACAGUACAAUUGGAGUGUUUGGGGCUGCAUGUUGAGAGAAUGAGGUAUGAGAAAGAUGAAAAAAUAAUCACUGACAGCUGACCGAGUGGAGAGCUGAGCUUGGUGCUGCUCGAGGUGCUCUCCAUUCCCACGCAGCCAUUCUCUGACCUGCAGCCCCAGCUGCCACCUGAUGGAAGGUGGAAUCACAGCCAAAGCAGAGUGCAGAUGACAGUUGCAUAGCAACUAAGGGGAUGGAGAACCAGGGCUUCUCUCCUUCAGCACACCAGGAGAUUCAAAAAUAUCGUUGUUCAAGUUCAGGGAGGAGACAAGAACGCAGCAGAACCAUGACACUGCUCCCUGGGUGCCAAAUCUACGUACUCUCACCGCGCUUGGAGACAAGGCCAAGAAAUAUAACGCUCCUCAUGGGCUGCAGAGCCCAGGACUAAAGGCAUGAAGGGUACUUCAUUCACUGAUGUCAAAUAGGAGGUGACACUUUCUGUGCAUUCACAGCAUUGCAGUGAAGCAUCCUGCUGUCCCAUGGCUCAACUCGACCCAGCAACGUCCAAAGAUCCAAAAUCCUGAGCAGCCCCACACAACCUGCAUUACUUCCCACUGGACCCACCCACACAGAUCUCAUCCAGUGUGUUUUGUGGAGGGAAAGGAGCUAAACCAAAUGCCAUUCCAAUCUGUAUGUCUCGAGUUGCAGCUAUUGCUGUGGAUGUGUUUCUUUAGCCAAGACAACUAGACUUUGCUAUCUAGAGGACCAAAAAUACAAAAGAUUACCACCAUUUUAGUACAUUGUAAUAAGUUGCCUCUGCUCAGAAAUAACGUGGUGAUUGCCAGGAUGCAAAUCCACUGCAACACAGUGGUGAAUAUUAGCCUAUUUUGCACUGCAACGGACAUGACCAAUAAUUAUCUCUGCAAAAGCAGUAGAAUUGGACAGCUGAGCAGAACAGCCCCCUCACACCUUCUGAAGACAAGGCCUAAGAUGUCUCUGCCUUGUGCAAAUGCAGCUUCUGCCAAUUUUUGCAAAGGCCUUAGAGUCGGUUUGAGCCUGCAAACAGAUCCAUGAUGCUCAAGCCCCCACUUUUUAGUGUUUAUGGUAAAGCUAAUAGUGCCAUUAAUCCAUUUUGAUAUAUAACAUCCAAUUUCCCCUUUAAAUUGCAUCUCAGUGCAAAUGGCAGCUUGAUUCCCGCUGUCAGACGAAUUCACAAAAUCAUGAUGAAAUAUAUUUAGUGACUUCCUAUUGUCAGGUUCAGCUGAAAGAUGGGGAAAUCUGCAGCAGCCUUUUGAAACGGGGUGAUGGGGCAUUUUGGAGCUGAUAUUUACAGAGCAAAACCUGAAAAAUAAAUGUUUGGCCUAGGCUGAAGCACUAUGAAACAAAGAAGAGAGACAUGCAUUAUAGGUCAUGCUCAGUCAGUCUGGAUACUCCCUGUGCACCUCUGCCCCUGGUCAGGCUCUCAGGACUGGAUUUAGCAAAGCCUCCUUUGCUCUUCUGCUUCCUUUCACAAUUCCUGUAUUCCUUCUCCUGGAUGUAAUUGAACUCCUUUUAAUCAAAAGUUUUGUUCUGUUGGUUUUUUUGUGUUUGCUUUAUUAUUAAACAAAGCAAUAGGUGUUUCUAGAAGAAAGAAGUCACUGUCAACAAUGCCUGCAAGGUUUCCCUUGAAGAAAAUCCAGCUGCAAGCUCCACUGCUUUUUUCCUGCCCUUGAGUCAUUUCUCCAGCUAGUGGCUGUUUAUGUGGCUGUUUAUGGAUCAAACCAUGAUACUCAAAACAAUACAUCGUAUACGAUGAUUCACACGUGCUUUAUACUAAUCAUGACUCAAAUCUGGUUUUGCAUUUUAAAUGAAGUGACGACUUUUUUUUAAUUUUGAAUUUCUACCAAUAGCAGUGCAGUCCAUCGCUGCGUCCAACCAGAUGGGGAAGACAGGACUGGAGUUCAGAUUGCAAAACACUGCUGGGAAUUGGUUUGCUCGUGGGUACCUACAACAUAAGUGCCCUUACACCAGCGGGCGACCCAGAGCCAAGCCCAGGAGGACUCUGCCCCAGUGGUGGGUGCUUUUCCCCACAAAUGGGAGCUGUGCCUCCCAUCCUGCCCUCACCCCAGGAGCAUACAGCCUCCAACUGCCACUGCACGAGACCCUACUUCAUUUCAAGUUCUGUCCUUGGUUAUGUCCUGUCCUGCUUUGCAGUGAGAGUCACUGUAUCUUGAAACCGCUGUCUUCAGCCUAAUCCAUCAGUUCAAGAGAGAAACACCUGAGUUUGACUGCACAAAAUAAAAACAGCUGCUGUAGGCAUAAACCUGUAACUGCUGUACUCUACAGAGGGAAUAUUUUUCCCCUACCGAGGGAUUAGAGGAUUAGGAGAGAUAUUUUCUUGUUUUAAAUUAUUUCCUUUGAAACAUCUCUCUGUGAAUUUAGGGAGAUACUUUGACAGGACACAUGGAAAUGGAAUUUCUUUCUCCAGUAGAUGUACCGAGCUGGGGAGCUCAUCUGGCACAGGUGCCCAAGGGUGCAAGGGCUGAAGGACUGGAGGCAAACAGAGCACUGUGCUAGCUCAGACCAAUCCAUCCCAUAGCUCUGAGCUCAGCUGAACUGCCCACGAGCAUUACUAGAAGAAUCUUUGUUUAAAGAGGCCUGAUAUCAGAGCAGUCCCACAUAGCCACGUACUCUGAGUUUAAAAAGAAAAAAAAAAGGACUUCGCGGAGAUUUAGGGGAUGAUGACAAAGCUCCAGUGCAAAGAAGUCAGAAGACAGGCAUACUUCACGCCGCUGGACAUGCUUCCAAGGAAACCAGACCAACAUUACAUUUCCGUUCUCAUGAACGGAACAAUAGGUUAAUAUAGAAGAAUAAAAGAGGCAAUUGAACUUGAAGAACCCUGUCCUUGAAGAUAGGACUACCAGAGAUUGUUUGAGAAGUGAAUUCAGCUACAAAUUAACUUCCAGAUAACUUGUUCAGUGAGCAGCUUGAGCUCCGGCCCACCUGGAAUAACCCCUUGCUGCCUAUAUAACAUAGUAUGCUUCUGAAGCUGAGGAGGGGGGGGAAGAGAAAAGCCCCACAGAUUCAACUAGCAAGAGCCAGAGACACACAUCUGCGCUUUGCUUGAUUUGUGAGCAAAUCUAGGAACCAAAAUAAACAAACCAACCCCGAAUCCAAACCAUCUGGAGGCAAGAAAUUACCUCCCGGAGAGCUUGCCUCUGCCGCAACCAACACGUGUAGCUAAUGACAGCCCGCAGAGCAUCUCAGCAGCUCUACCACAGGCAAACUGUUUCUACCCGCACCCCAGCAACGCAGCCCGCCUUCAGCUGGCUGUCCGUAACGCUGAGGAGCAGAGCCGGGGGAGACCAGAACAUCCCCGGGGGACACGCUGCCCGCACCCGCUUCGGGCUCCGGGGCAGGAGCAGAGCACAGCACCCAGCUGCCCUGCUCGCCCCCGGCUGCCGAGAGCGGGCACCGAGCUGCGCCGGGCGGCGAUGCCCCUCGAGUGUGGGGGACGGACGGGAACGCGCAGCGCGGCGUUGGCCAGCAGGGGGCGCCAGGCGGGCUGCACCGCCCCGAGCCGCGCUGUCACUCAGCGGGCUGCCCGCUCGCCAGUGGCCGCAGCUCCGCGCGGAGGCUCGAGUAGGAGUUGGUUUUCUUCUCACACGUGUAUAAAUCCCUCGGAGUUGUUUGUUGUUUUUUUUUUUCGUGGUUGUUUUACCUUUCUUGCCAUCGAAGCCCCGAGCUGCAGCAGCCCGGCCGGCAGCCGCGGAUCCGGCAGCGUGCUGCGGGGCUUCUCCCUCCGGAGGAAGCGGCUCGCUGCUCGAUUUCAAGCUCGCUUCCUCCCGAGGCAGAGGAGCAGCCCGUGACUGGCACGAAGCUCACUGUAAAUGAAGGUUUUUCUUUUUAAAGUUUCUACUUGCAGAAGUGUCUAACAAAAGCCCCUGCUCGAUUCCACCCCACGUGCAUUGCAACAACUCGGAAGGAAUUGUUUUUCCUUUUGCUUUUUUCUUUCCCUGUCUUCUCCCCCCCUUUUUCUUUUCUUCAUUUUUUAACCUUUGCUCUGCCGGCUCUGCUAUCUCUUGCAAACUCAGCUGACGAUGAACACCACACGCUUUGCCUUUUCAUUUCAGCCUGUGCUGCUUAAUGUCACUGAGGACUUCAACGACUCAAUUCUCAACAACAGGAGCAGUGAUGGAUUCUGCGAGCAGGUCUUCAUAAAGGCUGAGGUCUUCUUGACUUUAGGGAUCGUCAGCCUGCUGGAAAACAUCCUCGUCAUUCUCGCAGUGCUGAAGAACGGAAACCUACAUUCUCCCAUGUACUUCUUCCUCUGUAGCUUGGCUGUGGCAGACAUGUUAGUGAGCAUGUCGAACGCCUUGGAGACCGUCAUGAUCGCGAUCCUGAGCAGCGGCUAUCUGAUCAUUGAUGACCACUUCAUUCAGCACAUGGACAAUGUUUUUGACUCAAUGAUAUGCAUUUCUUUGGUAGCCUCCAUUUGCAACCUCUUGGUCAUAGCCAUUGACAGGUACAUAACUAUUUUCUACGCUCUCCGUUACCACAGUAUCAUGACUGUGAAGAAAGCUUUAACCCUCAUUGUGCUCAUUUGGAUUGCCUGCAUCAUCUGCGGCAUCAUAUUCAUUGCCUACUCGGAAAGCAAAACUGUCAUUGUCUGUCUCAUCACCAUGUUCUUUACCAUGCUGUUUCUCAUGGCCUCCCUUUACGUUCACAUGUUCUUGUUCGCACGCCUGCACGUGAAGCGGAUCGCAGCCCUCCCGGUGGACGGGGUGCCCUCCCAGCGGACCUGCAUGAAGGGCGCAGUCACCAUCACCAUCCUGCUGGGCGUCUUCAUCGUGUGCUGGGCACCUUUCUUCCUUCACCUCAUUCUCAUCAUUUCUUGCCCGAUGAAUCCAUACUGCGUCUGCUACACUUCACACUUUAAUACUUAUCUGGUCUUGAUAAUGUGCAACUCGGUAAUCGAUCCGCUCAUUUACGCUUUCCGGAGCCUGGAGAUGAGAAAGACUUUCAAAGAAAUUGUGUGUUGCUGCUAUGGCAUGAGCGUGGGGCAGUGUGUGCUGUGAACACCUGGCUUUGUGUGGGGAGCAGAGGAUGCAUACAGUAGGUGAUGAAUGCGUACGUGGAUGUGGAUACACAGCAGCUUCAUUUUAGAAGCCCUGCUUGAAGAAAGGGCACAGGAAAAUAAAUAACUUCUGUUUAAUGCCUUGAUUUAUACUUCAAGAUGAAAAAGAUUCAGCUAAAUAAUUGAAGCUAUUGAAAUGGCUGUAACAAAAUGAAAUCCAAAGCAGCUUGCUAAGUAGAUGAAAAAGUGUGAAAUGAGGAAAAAAGAAUCCUGAAAGUGAGCGUUACCCUACAGAGAAAGGAAUAACAUUCUGUCUCUCUCCUCCAUUUGCACCUGUUGCUUUAUCUCUGUGCCUCUAUUAGUGAAGUCAGUGUUCCCUAAAAGAUUCCAUUAGUAACCUCUCCAGAAAGCUGUUCCCGUGCAAGACGAAUCAAAACACCGAUAGGGAACUGCUUUGCUCUGAUGUCUCCACCUUUUAAUAAAGGAACAGACUGAUAUUUGUGCUGCAUGCUAUAAAGCAAACCAAGAAAAGCCUUAAAAGGAUGAAAGCAAACAGUCCCCAGCACCAAAGUAUUGGUGUUAAAGCUACACGGGCUCUUUGGAAGCAGGCAUGUAGCUAAGUGAGGUACCUGCUGACAGGCAGCUGUGGCUCCUAUGCACUGAGAUGUGUAUGUCCUGGGUCAGUCUGUUUUUAAAGAGCUUUAACCUGACAUCAGUGGAGCAAAACUCCUGCAUUGAAAUCAAGUAAGCAACGUGUUCUUUGCAGUCAUUUACAUGUGCAAGUUGGUGGCAUGCAAAGCACGCAACUUCAGCUACAAUAGUUUAGUGUUUUCCCCUGCUUCUUAUAGGAAGAAACCAUGUAAGAGGCAGUCAAGUAGCAUACUGUAACUGAGCAAAAGCAGACAUGAUUGGUGUGUAACACAAUGUACAGGCUGUAUCACUGUCAUCGCAGUGCCACACUAAGAGAACUCUAAGCCAUGUUAAAGUCUGCUUAGCAGCUUUCUGAUCUCUUGCUUCUAGUAAGGGCAGUUGCCUGAAACCCUCAGG